GCCAACGGGACACGACGCGCGAGCACGAUGGUGGGCCAUGAGCAAGCGCAGACGCAGAAGGCCAUCACGCUCAAGGGCUCGGCGGCGAUCGUGACCGAGUUCUUUGCCUUUAGCAUCAACAACAUUCUCUACCAGCGUGGCAUCUACCCACCCGAAAGCUUUACGCGCGUGUCCAAGUAUGGCCUCGCCAUGGUGGUCACGGCCGACGAAAAGCUCAAGGCCUUCUUGGCGACCGUCCUCGAACAGCUCUCUGGAUGGCUCGUAGCAGGUCAUGUCCAGAAGCUUGUGCUGGUUGUCGCAGGCGUGGAUUCGAACUCGGUCUUGGAACGAUGGGUUUUUGAUGUGUUUGCCGAGCCGCCGAACGAGCACGGCGAGCGCAUCUCGACCAAGGACGAGCGUGAAAUCAUGAGCGAAAUCCAAGCCAUCAUGCGCCAGAUUACUGCCAGCGUGUCGUUCCUUCCCCUUCUCAACGAGGCGUGUGCGUUCGACCUGCUGCUGUACACGGACAAGGAUCUCGAGAUUCCCCAGGCGUGGGAAGAGUCGGAUCCGCGCUUCGUCGAGAACUCGAUGCAAGUGCGUUUGCGUUCGUUCACGACAAAGAUCCAUCGCGUCGACACGCUCGUGGCGUACAAGGACCCGGACGCGACGGCGUAGAAAUCGACGGCCUCGCAAUGUAUAUGGGAAUGGAUGAAGAUUAUCUUAGUCGGUC